GCCUCUUUAAUCUAUUCAAGUAGAUAUUUACAAACCUGUCUGCUCAGGUAACCUGAUGAAGUUCACAGAUGUUCUCUGACUAAAUCUGGUGAUUCGUCUGUUUUUUGUAAAGCUUUGACUUGUUAAUAUCAAAUUCACUCAGUUCUGACUUUCAUUUAGGAAAUAUAAAACAAGAGAGCAGAAAAACAUUUUAAAUAAUUUAUUAUCAGAAGGAGGCCAUGAUUAGCUUUUAAGCUGUUUCACAUCUGAUGUUAGUAGAUUGCACGGCUUGUCAUGGAGAGGCUUUUUUUACAAGAGGAAAUAGAUCUGUGAACAUCUGCAUGAGGAUAUGUUUAUUUAUUCGUUGUUGUUUUUUUAAAUAGCCCAAAACAACAGCAGAUAUCCAGGAGCUGAGCCCUGUGGUGCACCCAGAGAACAGCAGCCUCACAUUUCCUCAACCUGUAAAAACUCGUUUAGUAGAUUUAUAUGUUUCGGUUUUUCUAAUUGAUAUCAAAUUUAAAAUAAAAAUAAUAAUUACACACAACUAGAACAAUAGCUUUGGUUUUACUUUGUUUGGGAAAUCAGAAUGAGAAAAGUAAAGAUUAUAUAUUAGAAGAAGAGGCGAUGAUUACUUUUGAACUAACUUCAGGAUCUGAUGUUAGUGAGUAAAUGCCCCUGAACGUUGGUYCUGAGAACARCUCAAACUCGAAACAUUGCCAUACUCUCCUCAGCCUUCCUGUUAGUCUUGCUCUCUCUCACCUUUGAGCAGCCUGAAGGAAUCACUGACAUGCUUCUGAAUGUCAUAGAAAUAAAAUKUUCCUUUUGAAUAGCGUUUCUUACAUCUCUGUCGUCAUGUAGCAUUCAGAUGUUUCCCCGGUGAGUGUUUCAUCAGUGUGUGACAGACGUCUGCAGGAUUUGGAGCAGGAGCCGCCGCUGCGCCCUCCGUUACCCCUGGAGCUCCRGGAGAUCCAGCAGGCUCAGGACCCGGGCCGUGUGUGGCCAGAGUCWCCGUAUGAGAGAAUCUACGAGCAUCCUGCUGAUCCUGCCAACAGGAGAGGAACCAUCCAGCCUGACCUGCUUAACGUGAAAGCACAGAGAGAUGCAACUGAACCCCAGUCUGGUUCAAAGUGGAUCCCACCAGAAACAGCCAACCAGCCAACAAAGAAGAUGAAAAUGAAGAUGAGUGAGGCAGAGCAGAUUGAGAGGAUGAAGAGGAAUCAGGAGAGGUUGGCUAAUAAGAGGAAACCUCCAGUGGCGACUCCRGGACCCCAGAAUCAGAGUUCAGACACAAGACAGGAGGCGCCGUUUCCCUUGAGGGUGACCCGCGUUGUCACAGCUGUGCUUCCMUCCUCGCUCGUGGCCAGAAGAGUUUCUGUCGAGGAUCCUCCAGCUGAGCUCGACGUUCCGCUGCCCGAACAAAUCCUGCCGGAAAYGCAGCAGAAACCGACGGAACCGAGCAAAACACUCCUGAGCAAACCCGCCAGGCGGCUGCUUACGGAGAGCCUCGACUCAAACCAGGCCGCCGGCGAGCCGCACCAGCAGCAGACUGCAAAAAAGGCCAGCAGGAAACACCCGUCGGCGUCCAGGAGCUCCAGGAUGGAGCCGCUUUUAGAAGUGAGCAGAGGCGACGGAUCAGAGAGCCCGAGAAGUGAAGCUCAACACCUGACKGGGUCAGGAAGAGGUCAAGACAGCGCAGACGUCAAGGCAGCUGAGGGGUCGUCGGCUGCUGACUUUGACCUGACUCCCGGUGUGAGCUCAGAGCAGCGCGAAGCCAAACUCCGACGAGUCGAACGGAUACGAGAAAGAGUGAUGAGAAGCGCAGCCAGAGAAAGUUCUACAUCAGACAGUCAGCGUCCAAUCAGGAGAGAGAGGAAGGAAGUUCACCAGGCUCGCUCUGACUCGGCUGAAGGAAAAUGGCCGACAGCAGGUACUGGAACUGACAGAACCACAACAAACAGAAAAUAACUGAGUUACUGA